AUGGACAUGACAUGGGGUCCCUCUCCCCGCCCUCCCCUCAAUGCCUCCGCUCCCCCGGCACGGUUACGCUCCCAACGCGAUGGCACGGCAUGGCAGCACACGAACCGCUCGGAGCAGCAGCCGUCCCGCGGGCCGGGGGGGGGGGCCGGGGUUUCCCCCUGCCGCUACUCCCUGGAGCAGACUGCGCGGGACUUGGACGUGAUCUGGUUUCGGGAAAACGUAUCGCCCUUUGUGCAUCGCUACAAGGGGGGCCAGGACCAGUAUGGGGAGCAGAUGCCUCAAUACCGAGGGCGCACCGAGCUGCUGAAGGACGGCCUCAACAAGGGCCACGUGGACUUGAAAAUUUUCCAUGUCCAACUGUCUGACAGAGGGAGCUACACCUAUCCCCUGGUUUUCCUGCCCGUGCCCGGCGAGCGUGCUCAGGAUGAACGGCGCCAUCACCUUCCCCGUGCCCAGGUCAGGCUGACAGGCCUGCAGCUCCCCGGAUCCUCCUGCCGGCCCUUCUUAAAUCAUCUGCUUCCCAGCGCUGCUUGCAGAGUAACCCAGUCCCUGUGGGAAUUUUGUUUUCCAGAUCCCUUUUUCCAAAACGCCCGUCCUUGGAUGAUCGCCCUGGGUGUCGUGCUGGUUGCGGUGGUCGCCCUCCUUAUUUUGGCUGUUUAUCUAUAUAUAGUUAAAGAGAAGCAAGCUCAAGAACUUGCGUGGAGAAGACAUGCAGUGCCUAUAACAGCAGUGACGGUGGUUCUGGAUUCAGACACAGCCCACUGCAACCUUUUACUGUCUGAAGACUGCACAAGUGUGUACUGCAUAGAAAUGACACAGCACGUCCUCGACAACCCUGAGAGAUUUAAACGAUCGCGCUGCGUGCUGGGCUGUAAAGGCUUCAGUUCGGGAAGAUACUACUGGGACGUGGAGGUGGCGGGUAAAGGAGGAUGGUUCGUGGGGGUCUGUAGAGAAGAUGUGAACAGGGAGGACGAGAUUGAGUUUAAACCGGAGGAGGGCAUCUGGGCAGUGGGGCAGCAGGGAGGGCCCUUCCAAGCUCUCACGUCCCCUGAGCGCACUCCCUUUCCGGAAAUCCGGACUCCCAAGCGGAUCCGGGUCUCUCUGGAUUAUGAAGAGGGGUGGGUGGCAUUUUUCAUUGUUGACAAAAAGAUUCCCGUCUUCAUAUUUCCACUGGCAUCAUUCGAGGGGAAAAGAGUCUUCCCUUGGUUCUGGGGUAAUAGUUGGACGUAUCUCAGAAUGGUUCCCUGUUGAACAACACUUCCACAGAUUUCUUCCUGGCAGCUGGGAGAGCGCUGUGGUUUGGAUUUAGUGUGAGAAGAAUGUUGAGAACGCAAGUGACGCUUCAGUUGUCGC